AGUGGGAGAGAGAGGAGAGCAAGAGAGAGAGAGAGAGAGAGAGAGAGCGAGACGGGAGGAGGGCUCCGUCUCUCCCGGUGCACUUGGCAGUCUUGUUGCGGGCUGCUGUGCUGUUGCUGUCGUGGCGUGGCUGGUCGCGCCAGGCGGGGGAACUUCACCACACUGGAGCCCGGAGUUCCACUCUCUCACCUGCGCAGUUCGGAGCUGCCAUGGGUCUCUCGCCUGGAUUUGCUGUCCUAAUCAUUCUAUCGGCCUCUCUGCUGCACAUCCGCGGCCUUUACAUCGCCAGUAGCGUUGACUCCCUGCAGCAUGUCCUGGGGGAGUAUGGACUGGUGAGGCCAAUGAGUGUGGAUGCAGAGGGCCUCUUCCUGUCGCACGCUGUCUCGGCAGGCCGUAUGGCAGGAGGGCAGCCCCGUAGGCGCCAGAAGAGGGAGGUAGGAGGAGGCAAUGAAGAGUGGGAAGGACCGAGAGGAGUCGACGAGGACCGUGAGCCGGUGGCCCGCCAGGAAAGGCUCUACUACAAUGUCACCGUCUUUGGCCGGGAAUUCCACCUGCGCCUGCACCAUAAUGCCAAGCUGGUAGCCCCCGGAGCCAAGAUGGAGUGGCGCGACGACAACGAUAGCACACGGCACAUUGAGACAUUGCAAGACGACUGCUUGUAUGUGGGUGACAUCACAGACACGCCAGGAGCCACUGUGGCGAUCAGCAACUGUGAUGGCUUGGCUGGUAUGAUCAGGACGGAGCAAGACGAGUACUUUAUCGAGCCUGCGGAAAGAGGCGAUGGAAUGAUUGAGGAAGAGGAGGCAGGAGGAGGAAGGAUGCACAUCGUCUAUCGCUCUUCAGCCAUUAAGAAGGUGCCCAUCGACAACACAGCGGGAGACUCCCACUUCAGAGGUGCAGAUGUUGGUGGUCUAAUGGAUCUGGAAUCUCUCUACCAAGGCGUGGAGCAGAGCAUCAACAGCACCCGAGCAGGACGUGCUCGCAGACAGAGCGUGGACCGCGCCUACAACAUUGAGGUUCUGCUGGGUGUCGAUGACUCUGUGGUCCAGUUUCAUGGGAAGGAGCAUGUCCAAAAGUAUCUGCUGACGCUCAUGAACAUAGUGAAUGAGAUCUACCACGACCAAUCUCUUGGAGCAAAAAUCAAUGUGGUGCUGGUGCGGAUUAUCAUGUUGGGCUAUGGAAAGUCCAUGAGUCUAAUCGAGUUGGGGAACCCUUCCCAGAGUCUGGAGAAUGUGUGUCGUUGGGCCUUUCUGCAGCAGAAACAGGACGCUGGGGACGCUGAGUAUCACGACCAUGCUAUCUUCCUCACACGGCAGGAAUUUGGCCCCACGGGCAUGCAGGGUUAUGCCCCAGUGACGGGAAUGUGCCAUCCUAUAAGAAGCUGUACUUUGAACCACGAGGAUGGUUUCUCUUCUGCCUUUGUGGUAGCACAUGAGACCGGACACGUGCUGGGCAUGGAGCAUGAUGGUCAGGGGAAUCGCUGUGGAGAUGAGGUGCACAUGGGGAGCAUCAUGGCUCCACUGGUUCAAGCUGCCUUCCACCGUUUUCAGUGGUCCAAGUGUAGCAUGCAAGAGCUGGGCCGCUACCUCCAUUCCUAUGACUGUCUCCGUGACGACCCCUUUGACCACAACUGGCCGUCGCUGCCACAGCUUCCUGGUUUACACUACUCCAUGAAUGAACAGUGCCGCUUCGACUUCGGUGUGGGCUACACCAUGUGUACUGCGCUACAAAAGGCAGGCCUUUCAGGAACGCAGUAUCGCACCUUCGACCCAUGUAAGCAGCUAUGGUGCAGCCACCCAGACAAUCCCUUCUUCUGCAAGACCAAGAAAGGACCGCCCAUUGAUGGCACUACGUGUGGAAAUGGGAAGCAUUGUUUUAAAGGUCACUGCAUCUGGCUGACACCUGACAUCAUCAAGCAAGAUGGAAACUGGGGCUCAUGGAGUGAAUUUGGACAGUGCUCUCGCACAUGUGGUGGCGGAGUUCAGUUUCGCACACGGGACUGCGACAAUCCAAGACCAGCCAAUAGAGGCCGCACCUGCGUGGGGGCAACUUACCAGUUCCAGAUGUGCAACACCAACGAGUGCGAGGACAUUUACAGUGACACGCGAGAGGAACAAUGUCACGCUUGGGACCCUCGCUUCGAACAACCCAGCAACAAGCACUGGCUGCCCUAUGAACACCCAGACGCAAACAAACGCUGCCACCUGCACUGCCAGUCCAAGGAAACGCGGGAUGUGGUCUUCAUGCAGCACAUGGUCCUGGACGGCACGCGUUGCUCGUACAAGGACCCGCACAGCGUGUGUGUGCGUGGGGAGUGUGAGAAGGUGGGCUGCGACGGUGCGGUGGGCUCCUCGAAGCAGGACGACAAAUGCGGCGUCUGUGGCGGAGACAGCUCCAGCUGCAAAACCUUCAAGGACACAAUCACCCGCACAGUCAAGAAGCAAGGUUUCCUCAAACUUCUUGAAAUUCCCAGAGGGGCACGACACUUGCUGAUCCAAGAGCUGAAAUCUACCUUGCACACGUUUGCUGUAAAAAAUGUGGCUUCAGGACUUUUUUUCAUAAAUGGGGAAAAUGAAUACCCAGAAUCAAGAUCGGUGAUAGAAAAGGGGGUAGAGUGGGAAUAUGAAAAUGACAAAGACAAGGAGACACUUCAGACUACAGGCCCUCUUAGACAUGGAAUUCUAAUCAUGGUUAAAUUACAUGGUAAUGAAGAUGUGAAUUUGUCCUAUAAGUACAUGAUGAACAUUGACAGUGAUUCUGCCAUUCAAAACAACAUUCUGGUGGAGGACAGUGCCUACGAGUGGGCCCCUAAGAGAUUGUCCUCCUGCUCCAAGCCAUGUGGUGGAGGGAAACAAUACCUGCGAUACGGCUGCAGAAGAAAAAUAGACAGCAAGAUGGUUCACAAGAGCUUCUGUAACAAGUCCAACAUGAAACCUCGAGGAGACACACGAGACUGCAACCAGAAGCCCUGCCCUCCACCCAUCUGGGUGGCAGGGGAAUGGCAGAACUGCAGCAAACCAUGUGGAAAGACCGGGAUGCAAGUCCGUUUGGUCAGCUGUGUCCAACCGUCGGACGACAACACAACCAGAUCGAUCCAUAAUAAAUAUUGCAACGACGACCGUCCAGAGACCCGCAGGUCCUGCAACCGACACGCUUGUCCGACCCAGUGGAGAGUCGGACCAUGGUCCCAGUGCUCGGUGACCUGUGGUAAUGGGACUCAGCUGAGGCAGGCUGUGUGCCACACCAGGGACAACACCAUCGGCCUGUGUCUGGACAGUAAGCCAGACACCAUCAGAAUGUGUCGGAUGGAUCUAUGUCCAAAGGGCUCAUCAGACCUCAACAAGAACGGCAACAUCCUGAUCCAGUGGCUGUCCCGCCCCAGCACCAACUACCACAAGAGCUCCUCACGUCACCGUUGUCAUGGAGACCGCUCCGUGUUCUGCCGUAUGGAGGUGUUGAACCGCUACUGCUCUCUACCAGACUUUCAGCGUCUAUGCUGCAAGACCUGCAGCAAUAUUACUGUCACAGAGUCUGAAAAAAAGUCCACAUCAAUCCCCAUCACCGCCACCCGUUCCCCAGUCACAGUUCAUCCACCCACUAGCCUCACUUCUUUGUUUGCCUCCACCACCCACUCCACUAAAGUGGUAGUCACUGUCAUUCCAGAUGCCACCACCAACUCCUGGACUGUGACUCAUCCUCCUACAUUCACUCCAAGCCAUCAUUCCACCUUGGGCUCAAUUGGUACCACAGAAUUGAUCACCACCUACCCGAAAGAAGCUACCACAUCUGCUGUUAUUCCUCUCAGCUUGUCUGAGGCAGGAACAUCAGUUGUUACAGACUUUCCUGGGCUUACUGCGGAACCCCUUCCUGUGCCUGCCCCAGGAAUAGACAAGAGCUUAAAUCCAAUACCAUUGAGCACGACAAAUCAUCCAAGUCUUAUGACUGCCACAGGCUCUCCCACAAAAUUAACUCCAGCCAUCCGUCUAAGAGGAAACUGUACUAAAAGACCACUGGUAUCCAAGCCUAAAAAGGACACCGUGCCAAAGAAAAAGGCCCUGAAAGUGAGUCCACCAAAAAAGAAGACUACACAAAAGAAUACUGCCAAAAAGUUGGCUCCACCAAAGGUCAAUCCCAAAACAAAGACAAACACUACACCAAAAAAGAGUACACCAACCAACAAAAACACUACAGAAGCUAACAUUUCUUCCAAAAAGACGACCACUGCCAACACAACUCCCAAAAAAGGUAACACAGCAAACACCAUUCCCAAACAGAAUACCCCAGGAAACAUAACUCCGAAAAAGACCCAAACACCCAUCAAACCAAUCUCCAAAAAGAUUACCAUUGUCAAGACAACAUCCAAAAAGACCACACCAGCCAAAACAACUCCCAAAAAGACAACCCCAAUCAAAACAAUGCCCCAAAAGACUACACCACUGAAAACUCCCAAAAAGACAACCCCCCAAAAGACUCCCCCAGUCAAAGCAACUCCCAAAAAGACUACCCAAGUCAAAGCAACCUCACAAAAGAUUACCCAAGUCAAAGCCACUCCCAAAAAGAUUAGACCUACCAACAUGACUCCUGAAAUGAUUAAACCAGCUAUCACAACCCCGGAAAAGACUAUGCCAGCUCACACCCCGCCCAAAACUUUUUUAAAGACAACCCCUGAAAAGUCUCACCCAGUUAACUGGCCUCCAGAGGAAGAAGACAAGCCCACUCCCAAAACUAAGACAUUUCCUCCAAAAAGCUUUCCUUAUUCUAAUUCCACAGUUAUAAAGCAACCCCAAACAAUAGCUAGCCAGAAAAAGACGACGAAGCUUAAUCAAAAUAACAUGCAAACAACAACUGCAACAGGAGCUUCAUAUCCCACAACAUGGGCCACUCGAUUCACAAGCCCAGGGUCAACAAGAGAAUAUGUUUCUUCCACUCCUCCCUCUACCACUUGUGUCUAUAGUACAGCUGCAAUUCUGCCUCUACCUGAUUCAAGAGUCAACAUCACAUAUGUCACAAAAAACUCACCAACGGCAGAUGACGCGCUUCUGUUGCCCGACGACAACGGAACCACAACUCCUGGCAAUUUUGAAGAUGUCGCAAUGCCCAGUGGAAACAUGCCGUACACAGAUGUCACAAUAAGCAGCAGCGGGGAUGUCGUUGCCAGCGGUGGAGCCGUCCUGAGUGGUGACGGGGUCACGGUGCCCUAUGGUGACACCACAGUGCCGGACGCUGGCUUGACUGUGAUGAGACCAACCGUCAACAAUGAGGACGUGACAGAUCGGGCUUCCUCACCCUGGGUCGACCUUUCCAAGUAUAUCCCUGUGAUUAUCCCUGCCACCGUGACAACACCAGACCCCACCAUCUCCCUUUCCAGCACAAGUUUCUCGCCUCAGCAAGAACUAAAAGAGAACAACUUCAUCGACGUCCUAUACAACAGGAUUACCAGUGUGGACAGCAACAUCUCUCAGAACAACCUGAUCCCAAAGCGUCGUGUCAACCUCCAGGAAAAGACCAGGAACAAACGCAUUCAGGAGCUUCUGGAGGAGAAGCGAAACCUUCUCCUCAGGAUGAAGAGAGGCCGUGCGCAGCGAUAGAGCACAACAUGUCAGUUCUCUUAUAGAGACGAAUGCCUUUACAGACUGAACUGCAGCAAUACCCUUUAUCAGGGCUUCAAACCACAAACUAACAGAUCAUUCGAGACAAGACUAUUGCAAAUCGACAGUUUCUUUGCAAAGGAAAGAAAGUGCAAUUCAAAAACUGGAGCGGAAAUACACAUCUAGUUUAACUAGCACUUUAUAAAACCAAACUUGUUACUCCUCCAAAUCAUCCACAAUCGUGUGCAAUCACUGUUGAUGAGAACUGUUGUCAUAUUGGUACUUCUGACACUUAUGCAUGAACGAAGUACAACCUGGAAUCCAAUAUAUUUGAUAUUAUGACAACCUUACAGUAGCUAAUACCUCAUGGUAACACUAAUAACAGCUACUGUGACACAUCAACAGUGUGUUUCUACUCUGAGAACAUGUACAACUACAAUGAAAAUAUUGUAUACUGUAUAUGCACUACUCACAAAAAGCUAGGGAUAAAAUUUCGCCAGAAAGCCGAAUAUCCCUAACUUUUUGUGAGCAGUGUAUACAUACAGAUAUUUAGAAAAUGCUACACAAACACAAACUCACCUUUCAGUUCACUUAAUUUGAAACUAUCUGGGGUCAUGUUGCCUUUUCCAGAAUUGCAUGCAUGGAAGUUUCUCAUCUCUCAGGUCGUUAAGAUAUGGACAACCGGUAAGGUAUAUGACACAUGGUGCUUCCUAAUUAUAUAUUAUUAAACAAUUGCUGGAAAAAAAAAUUAAAGGGGACAAAUUAUGGGGACCAGAUUUUUAUUUUUUUUAAAUGCUUGUAUACACAUAGUCUCUAUGUUUGGCGAUGUGAAGCAUGUCAGAGACGUUUUAUUAAGACACAUUGGAACUGCUUUAGAUUGUGUACAAAAAAAAUGCACAAUAAGUCUCAAAAAAGGAAAAAGAGGAAGGCAGCAGUUCAUACGCUAAACUGUGUGUCUGUGGACAUAUUGCCAAACUCAAAUGUUACGCGAGUCUGUGGCUCUCCCAAAAGUCAAUGCAGCUUUGCUUACUAUGGCUGAGAUGGGAUUCAAUUGAACCUGGAAAAGCGAUUCCCGAAUCACAAUUUUUGGAUUUGAAGCAUAACAAAUCUUCUAAUGUUCUAAUGUAAUGUCAUGUGCUCUGCGAGUUGGCUUGUAGGUGUGCUCCUUUGCCUCCCUCUGCUGGCGUUUCAGUGAAAUUGAUUCUUUUUCUGUUAAAUUCCAGCAUUCCUUCUGAUAGGUAGAUUUAACCACAUGACACCACAGGUCACAGUGCACGGAGUCUGUGUUAGCUUCUAAAUGCAUACAACCAUGUGUUACUCCAAUUCCCUCACCAGUUCCUCUCGCUGUUUGUGCAGAGGAAAAGCAUUGCCUGUGAGUUGGAUUCUGCUUUUCUCUCAUAUAACAAGUAGUUUCUGUGCAUCAUUAGCGGGGACCGAUCUGUUUUGCAGUUGUAGGGCCUGUAUUUUUCAUGACUUGGACUAUGACAUCUCUUUAUUUCGGAACAGUAUAAGGAGUAACGGUUCGAUUCUGUACUGGAAGUCAUUUGUUUUUGAGAGCGAGUCUGAGCCAUACUGCUUACCUUGCAAAAAGCCACCACUGGCUAAUAUAUAAUCAUACCCCAUGACACAUAAAGCGAGCACAUAAGAAUAAAGGGAUUCCACUGCACUUGUGCAUGCACCAUUUCAUCAUCAAGCCACUUGACAAAACUCAAUUGCAACGAUUGUAGCGGUGUGGAGAGAACUUGGCUGAGUAUUUGUGUAUGUGCUCUUCAUCCAAAGAGAAUGCUUGUAGCACUGUUAGCUAAGGCUAGUCUGUGCUAACACUGCAGCUUUGCUUACCCUUUGGCUUUGAAAGUGGGUCUUUACCUCUGGAACUUCAGCCAGCCUUGCUUCCAAGUCAUUGGCAAAGAAAAAUGGUGUGCUGGUGGUUACUACGUAAAUUAGCCCCACUGUUACAUAAGAGUAGGGCGGAAGUGCUGAACAACACGCUCACCGACACAUUUUCAGAAAUAAAUAAAGGAAGAAAAACACUUGAUGAAUGGGCUUAAACUCCAGAGACUCAACUAUAUUUAUACAAGUAUUAAAAAUGCAAUUUUCCAUGUCCACUUUCAGUCAUGAGGUGUAAAAAUAGCAUGUGAUGUUUUUUUUUAUUUUUAUUAUUUUCAUCUUGGUCACCCAGUUAUGAUUGAUACUUUAUGGUCAGCGGUGCUAAAAUUGUUCCUGAUUCAUUAUUUUCUGGAAAGAAAAAUAGAGCUAAUAUAACAGUUUCAUUUUUUUAAGUGUCUAUUUGUCAGCUUUGUCUACACAGAAGCUUUGAGGACUGCUUUGGAUUUCUGCUUUCAAAGUUAAAUUAUUCAUAUAUUUCUAACUGGAAGCAACCACUAAAGCACCUACAGAAAUUUCUGUACGAUAUCUGUACAUAUAAAAAAGAACUUAAUGUUUAAUAUUUAUUAAAGCUUAAGUGCCUGUGGUAUUUUGCAAUGUA